GCGGAGGCGAGCUCGAAGCGGGCAUUUUGCCUCACCUGAGCGACCAGCACGGAAAGAGCUCGUCAAGGUAUCACAGAGCUGCCGCACAACAAUCGCUGCGGGUCAACGCGCCGCGGCAGACGCCCCAGCCCCUCCUAAGAGUGCAUACCCAGCUAAAAGCAAACCAUGUCCUUCUCCCGCGAGGCGCGCCUCUCCGGCGUUAGGGGGGGCAAGAGCGAGUUCAACUGGCAGGACGUGAAGGACGGCAAGCACGGCCGCCGCGACGACUAUUUGGGGGCCUGCAUGAAGGCGAGCGUCAAUGGCCGACGAGACAAAGACCGGGACUUCUUCUGGUACAACAAGACGACGGAUACGCUGGGACGGGGCAUGGACCGGAACCCCGAACUCGUGAAGGCGGCGCGGCGGCUCGAGGUCCUGGAGCGACGCAAAGCGGACGCGGCGGCGCUCGCGGACGCGCUGGGCGAGACGGCCGAGACGCGGCGCCGCGCGGCGGAGCUGGAUUUGGAGGCGUCGGAGCUGCGGAGUCUAUUGGAGCGGGGCGGGACGGAGCGCGACCAGAUCCUGAGCACGGAGCGCGUCGCCGGCCUGGGGGCCGCGCCCGCCCGGCGCCACGCGGACGCGUCGGCGCGCGUCGUCGCGGAGGAGCAGCGCCAGGCCGACGAGAAGCGCAAGCGCGACCUCGUCGAGGCCGACGCGGCGCGGCGCGCGUGCCGCGACCCGCGGCGCCUCGACGGCCCGACGAACGACGGCGGCUUCCUCACGGCGGACGGGAGCGGCGUCGCGCUCGACCUCCGCGCGGCCAAGCGCGCGCGCAAGGAGGAAAAAAAGGCGCGCAAGGUCGAGAAGAAGCGGCGGAAGAAGGAGAAGAAGGCCGCGAAACGUGCGCGGCGGGCCCGGUCGUCGUCGAGCGACUCUUGAGCGCGCGCGUAACUGUCUUUCCUGUG